AAAUCUAAGCUUUAAUUCUUCAGAGACCUGCAAAAGAAAUCUCUAGAACACUACAAUUGUUGUUCAUCUCUUCAAACCGCCCAUCGUCAUGAAGGCAUUGAUAGUCCUUCUCUCGGUAAUUUGCCUAGUUACUACGGUAACUGGGCAGUAUCAUGACAAUUACACAUACGUGGCCCCAGCACCGAGCAGCGAAUAUGAUGAACAUUAUACGUCUAACCAGCCAGGAGAACUCGUUCCACAUUCUGGCUUCACCGUCCAAUUCCUAAUCGAGGCUGCUGGUAGGCUCUGGCAGCAGAACUCUGUCUUCGAAGCGAUGACCUUUGCCUGUGAGGGUGUACUCCCGGUGAUCGGUUCGAUGAUAGAUGAGGUAGAUCAGUCAAGUUUAUACUGGGGUGUCUUCUGUGAUAAUGUCACACGCGUCAAAAGUGUGAGUGAAUUCAACGGGGAACGCUGGUGUAAUGACAUAAUUGACACGGUCACUGGCAUGUUCGGAAACGAUGGCCAAGAUGAAGGAAGAUAUCGCAGGCAAGCACCGGACGAAUCUUCACUGGAAAGUCCCUUCGGUAUUUUAGAAAACCUGUUGAACACCACCCGAGACCUAUAUGGUAUCGACAUCCUAAUGAUCAUCCAGAACGUAUCUACAAUCAACACAAUCUGCACCGACGUCACUGAGAAUUUCAUCAGGCCUUCCCCGAAGCAGGUCAUUACUGAUUUUGCAGCCGAACUAAUCGUGCGUCUUCUACCGGAAGUGUGUCAAACGUGGGAUUCCUUUUUCGAAGCCGUCGGAUUGAACUCCUCAUCUCAAACCUAUCGGGUCAUCCUGGGACUUGUUGAUGCAGGAAGUGAUGCAGUUGGGUACAGUAACUUUGACGAACUGUGUCAUGAUAUCAACCAAACUGUUCAAGAUGACGAUCUCGAUGAGCGAAGAAGGAUUGCCGAACUUAUCAUCAGGAAUUUUAUCGGCAUUCUCGAGAAUGGCGAUCAAUGCUCAACCCUAGCCAAAAAGAUCAUGAACGCAAUUUGGACUCUAACAAACUGUGGAAACAGUGAUCCUUAUAGCAGCCCUUAUGGUUUAGAAUAUCAAUUCUACAUGUUUACCGGAUUCCACUCCAUAGAAGAAAUGUGUUAUGACGUGGCAGAAGCGCUAACGACUGCUGUGGAACUCCCUCGGGCUCGGCUAGCCACCCUCAUCCCAGGGACUAAUCUUACGUUCCCGUUCUUCGUCAACGCUGUGGGAGGGGCGUGGCAGCAAGACCGUCUCAUCGACGUCCUUGCUUACGCCUGUUCCGAUAUUCUUCCUGCGAUCACCACCAUGGUGCCAGAAAUCAGGUCUUUUUCCUUUUUAUUCGAGCCCAUUUGCCGACAGCUCCGGAGCGCGGCGAGAGACUUGGAGGAUUUCGACUCGACUGGUUACUGCAACGAGUUGACGGACAUGGUGACAGCUCUGCUUCCCAGUGCUCCUGUAAGUAAUGAUUCGAUAGGCGAUCCUGGAGAAGGGGGAGGUGCUGACUCGAUGGAUGAUCCUCUGGGCAUCCUCAAUGCACUGAUGAACGUCACCUUAGAACUCUACAAUAUCAACAUCUUUGACCCAUCGACCAUCUGUCCCAAUAUCGAAGGUCUGCUGCGGAAGCCCUUCCCGGCCAUCCUCUUGGAGUUUGGGGGUGAGAUGAUGAGUAGGUUCCUACCGUUGGCACUCCAGCCGCUCUGCAGGUUGGAUUCUUUUCUGGAACAAUUCGGCGUAAACUCAUCUUCGCCUUUCUAUGACAUCAUACAGGAAGCAGUUCGCUUGGCUUCGAGAGCUGUAGGUUAUGAACAAAGAGAGCAACUUUGCGCCCAAAUAGUAGGAGUCGUUCACAAAGGGCACGAGAAGCGUCUGAGAUUCUCCAAAGACAUCAUCAAGGAACUGUUUAGAAUCCCUUUCAAUGCCGACACGUGUGAUUCUUUGCUUAGUGGUGCUAUUCGUCGGGUCGUAAGGCCUCUCCUUACGGAAGUAAUCCCAGGUAGUGGGCGUCUCAUACGCAUCAGUGACUACCUUAUUUCCCGAUUCAGUGGCUAUCGGAAUGUUUACGAUUUCUGUAACCACCUGGAGACAGCGUUCAAAAGUGAAGUUCCUCUCCCUCGACCAGCUUUUGGGGAGAUCAUAUCUGGUUCAGACCUGACUAUAUCUCUCCUGAUCAACUUGGCUGGUAGCCUGUGGAGCCAGGAGAGUACUAUGGAAUCCUUGGACUAUGUCUGUACCCACGUACUUCCUGUCAUCACCAGGACUGUCCCCGAAUUCCGGGAGGCGCGGGUCCUUUUGCGCCCAUUUUGCGAUGUUAUCGAGUCUGCUGGAAAUCAAUUCGACGCGACAGAUGUCUGCCUCGACCUUGUGGGCGAAACAUGGGAACUCAUUUCAUUCCUCACGCCACAGAGUCGGGAGGACUUGUAUACGUGCCCAACGCAAGAGACCACGACCCAUCACGGUGAUGAGCACAUCGAUGUCCCCGACGUCUAUCAAAACGAAUCGUACUCCAUCGAAACGGUGGAGGAUGUUUCAUUUGUAUUAGCCCUCCUUGUCAACAUUUCUGAAACCUUUAACAUCGAUAUCGCCAACCUGACAACCAUCUGCCCCCUAGCGCCUCGACUCUUAAGGCCACGUUUGCCCGAUGUCAUCAAGGAUUUUGGUUCCGAGAUAUUCAGUUUUCUGCUGCCCCUGGCCGAGCCGAUCUGUCAUAACUUUACUCUAUUCCUGGACAGUACCCUCGCUUCUUUCGGAGUCAAUUCGUCAUCUCCCUUUUAUCACAUCAUCCAGGAUGCCGUUCGUAUCGCCUCGAAACUUGUGGAGUAUCCAACAAUAGAAGAACUCUGCGGAGACAUUGUGCAAAAACUCGCGGAUUUUCAAGAUUUCGAUGACAACAACAGGCUAGAUUUCACUAUGGGUAUCAUCAACUCUCUCAUGGAACUUACUACUAAUGUGGAUAGAUGCACCCAAAUAUCCACCGACAUCCUAGUUUUCAUUGUCGAACCUUUAAUCAACAUUGGAAAUGAGGGAGAAAGAUUCAAUAUCACCUUGGAUCUUAUCCAUACAUAUACAGGGUUCAGGGGUGUUGAACCGAUAUGUCAGGCAAUGCAAACAGCCUUCGAUGGAUGUGCAUCGCCUCGUCAAGCCGACAUUGAUGCUUGCGGAGAAUGUAUCAGACGUCCUUCGGUUGGGAACAUAGACUAUCAUUUUGUGUCUAACCAUGCGGACUGCACUGGCAGAUGCCCUCGAGAGCAAGACGGCACUAACGGCCCUGCUGAAUUGAACAGUUGUCUGCGAUGUGUAGGAGGGUCAACGUGGCGUCCAACCGAUGCGGGCAUGAAUGAGUGUGGCACUUGUGGGUUUUUGGCAGGCUUUGAUUGCGUUGGCUGCGAUGGACAAAUAAACAGUGGUCUAGAAUUUGAUGCUUGCGACAUAUGUGGAGGAGACGGCAGCGAUUGCACGGCGGUAUCAUCCAUUGUUCCUGAAAUCAUUCCAUCAGGAGGAGAAUAUGAGAUUACUGCACAUGGAGGAGGACUACGUGCAGACCCAGCUCAUGUAUGUCGAUUCAGUCUCCGAAAUGGGGAUACGGUCCAUGAAUUUACCUUGGCCGCAUCUCAGUCAUAUGUUGGAACAUGCACAGUGAAUAAUCUUCCUGCAGGCACAUACGACUUUUCGCUGCUUGCUUCCGGUACCGAUCCAAUGAACACCUCCAUAACUCUACAAGUUUAUGACCCAAUUGACAUAGACUCUGUGUCACCUGAGGAGUUUACCCUCGUUCCGAAUUCUGACAUCACGCUUACCUUCACUGCUGCUUCAAACGCAUUUCAAGCCAUCGAAGAACAAGGACUGACACCAUACCUUGCGUAUGAGCGUGAUGGGAUGGCUGAAUUUCUCCCUGGCGAAGUCGGUGGUGAUGCGAUGCAGGAGCUGAUCUUCACUGGGAGAGCUCCUGACAGGCCCUUGGAAUUGGUCACCAAACUCACGUUCAAUAAAAGAGAUGACCUACCUGGAGGACCGUUCACAGUCACGUUCUACCAGCCUCCGCCUGUCAUUGCGUCGUUCGCAUUCUACCCUUUACAAAACAUUCUCCUGCUUGAAUUCGAGGAAGGGGUUCGAAUAGACGGGACAUUGGACUGUAGCACCAUAUUCGAGUUACCAUCUGAUCGGAACAUCCUUGGGACUGGUAGCACAUGCACGCUUUUCCGAAGAGCUCGCUUCAUCAAGAUAACCCUUGGGACACUCGAUGUCUGCGGACAGACUGGUUUAAUCACCACAGCUGAUACACUCACCGUGCGUGGUGAUGUCAUCCUUGGUCUGUCUGAUUUCUCCCGUGCACUUCCCGAGACAAUCUUAGAGGUAAAUGUCGAAAACGCCAUCACUUUGGACGUGGUGUUAUCUGGCCGCCAUAUGAUCAGCAGUUGUGGUCGUGUCAAUAUAAAUGCUGGGAGAACAAAGAAAAAUGGCCUCAAUUGCAGACCUGUGAACUAUAUAUGGUCUGUCCAGUCAGAUGAUGAUGUUUCAGAAGCACUUUCAGCAGCAGUGACAAGAAAUAAUUCAGGUGUGCUGGAUAUCGACGGUAGCUUAUUGACAGAAGACCAAGCCUAUGAAUUCACACUUGAGGUUGGAACUUACUUAGGCACCUAUCAAUCUGAACACUUCAGUGUGACACGCUCAGCAGAGGCAGUACCUGACAUAUCAAUUCUGCCUCCUGACAUAGAUCUGGAGAAUGUUCCAUUGUCUAAAAGGUUUGUUCUGAAGACCAAGGUAACCUUCUAUGCAGACUGCGUUGGAGGUGGUCCAGCAAGAACAGAAUACCAAUGGACCGUAAAUAAGAACAACUUUGAAGGGAAGAUUCUUGGCGGAAUUACAGACAAGAACAGGCUGACCAUAAUCCCCUAUGGGUACACCUUUACUGAUGACAAUUACGAUGUGACCUUCACCGUAGAAGCGACCUUCGAAGGUAUUGCGACACCACUUACAAGCAGCAUCACCGUACGCUUUGCUCCAUCAGAUCUUGUUGCAACGAUAAAAGGAGCCAGCCGAAAAAGUGUCGGUGUGGACGUGGGGCCUGUGUCGCUUGAUGGUAGCUUGUCAUACGAUCCUGAUAUACCGCGGAAUGAAGACCAAAGUUCUGGGUUGACCUACUUAUGGACUUGUGUACAGGGUGCAGAUCAGCUGUGUAUAAAUGCGCAGGAUGGUUCCAACUUUCCACCCGCCGCUGACAGCACGUCAGCAGUCUUGAACGCCAAUGCAAACUACAUGGUCGCUGGAGAGACCUAUACCCUAACGUUGGAGGUUUCAUCCGGGAGCAGACGUGCAAGUACUAGUGUAGUCAUAGAGGCAUUGGCUGGAACCCCACCUCCGGUAACGCUAGCUAUUCCGGUAUUUCGCUUCUUAAGCCUGUCGUCAACAGACGCUGUUCCAUUAGUAACCGUAAUCGGUGAUAGGACUCGGCCUGUGACAGAUAUCAGUAGUAUUUCAACGUUCUGGAGACUUUUGGUCGAUGAUGAUGAAGACGUUGGCUAUGAAUUCGACACUGGAAUUCUGGUUGAAAGGUCGUUUGGGAUCAUCCAGAGGUCGGAGAUAGCUGCAGGUGACCUUGACCCUGGGCAGCUGUACAACGUGCAGGUUGAGGUCGACUACGGACAGGCCCAACCUGCUAUAGCCCAGUUAGAACUCCAAACACCCAGUGGCGUAUCGUCUUGCGACCUUAGUGGAAACGAUUACACGGAACUUGAUGAGGUCUCAUUCACUGUUGAUAACUGCGUGACUGGGGAGAAUGACUAUCCGCUGACGUACCAGUUGUUUUACCGAAAUUCCAAUGGAGUGCAGAGGUCACUGGGUAUUGGAGAGUCCGUACGCAGUAUCAGAGGUCCCCCUUCUUCUGCUAACGGAAAUGGAAACAAUGUAUUCUUUGCAAAGGUUUGCAACCAGGCUCAAAGCUGUUAUACCACAGGGGAAGUAACACUUACUGUAGGUAGAUUGCAAUCAAUUAACUAUCAACAGUUGAAGUUAUCGCUUGUGGAUGCCGAGAUCAAUAAGGGUGACAUACUUUCUGCUCUACGAAACCUCAACCACCUUGUGAGUUCCCUUAUCGAGGGCCAGUCAAGGAAACGAAGACAAACCGUCUCGAUAGACCAGUCAACGACAGAUCAAUUCGCAUUGUUCCAGGAUGCUGCUUCGGCUCCAGACAUUGACGAGGAUACCGCGGGUAAUCUCAUUGAUGAAGCUACUUUCAUCAACGUUGCUGCCUUGCCAACAGAGGAUCUGACUACCUUUGUGGUUCUCCUCAAAGAUCUGGUGUCUGUAUUCCCCGAUACCUACACGGUCUUAUCAGAUAUUACCUAUCAGUCGCUUACAGGGAUCAUCCAGGACAUCGGAGAGGCUACCGAAGAUGAUUCUAUCCUCAACUUGGUUAGGGAACUGGUCGUAGGAAUGACCUUGAGUGCGAUUGACCGCAAUGUCCUUGGAUCACCAGGCCUGGAGAGCAAUCUUGCAGGAGUGGCUUCAAAGACUAACAUCAUAAUUCCUGAGGGCGUAUACCAUGCAAGCAGUGGAGUGAAUGCAUCUACUGUUGACUUCGGGACUGAACUCGCUGAACGAUAUACACUGUGGACUUGUGGAGACGGCACAGGAGACUGUCAAGGAAUUCUUGUUCAGAUGAAUCAGUAUGCUACCGGAGUCGAUCCGUAUUCUACAGAUAAUGAUGAUCGUGACAAUCUAGCAUCCUCCAUUUUGGAGAUCACUUUCUACGAUCAAUGGUCCGAAAAUUUGGAUGUGGUGGAAGUGGCGUCACUGACCGAGCCCAUAAGUAUCAAUAUGCAUCUCAGUGCACCAGAACCAGAGAGGUCCUACGAGUGCGCCUUCUGGGACAACACAACUAACCAAUGGAGUAGGACGGGGGUGGAGACUGUGAUGACAACAACGACGUCGGUUGAAUGCCGGACUUCUCAUCUCAGCGUCUUUGCUGUCUUUGCCGGUGAAGAAAUCGUCCCUACCAGCGGACCGUCUCCUGUGAGAGGCAACAAGCUUGGGAUCAUCAUUGGCUGUGUCGUCGGUGGGUUGGUCGUCAUCGUCAUAAUCGUCAUCCUCAUUGUCGUCUGCACAUCAAAGUCUAAGAAAGUUGGUUCUACAGACAAGGAGAUGGGUAUACAGCUUACGCAUGGAGGGACAAAUGGCAGUGGAAAUGAGCAUGCCUACGACAACCCACAGAAAUCUGGUCCUCCUCCAUUAUCCAUGUGAAAUAGACCGCAUUAACCAUCCAGCAACCCUUUUCUUUCAACAAAGAGGGCGCCUUGUCUGCAGUAAAGUUGUCUUUCAUUGUAAAUGUCUUUCAAAAAGUUGCUUAGUGUACUGAAUUGUAGUGUCUUCAAAGAUGGUUUUUAUUUAAUAGUAAAUAUUUUUUAUCAAAUUUACUACAAAUUAACAUUAAUAUUUGUGUCUUAAGUUAUUUUUUGAUGUGUCUCUUUAAUUAAACACAAGAUAUUUGGCAGUUUAUAUUGUAUAAAAUUUUAUAUAUGUGAUAUGACUUAGUUUGAUUUGAUUAGAUUUUUUUUUCUUCUGCAUUCAUGUAUAUAACAUUGGUAUACAAUACAAUUUUCAUUACAUAACAAACAUAAUAUAUCGGUAAUUGAUUUAGGUAUGAGUCAUAAAGAAAAAAAUACAAAAUAGAAAAGUCAUUCUAAACAAAUAUGAUCUACAACCAACAAAGAAAAUUUAACAUUUAGAGUUUGCAGGAGGAUUGUCAUUUUAAGCAAAUUGCUUGAAAAAAAUGACAACCCCGGAAUAAAACUCAUUAAAUUAUUACAUACAUUUAUAAAGCAGAAUGGAAAUGUUAUUUUGUUCAUAAUUUUAUAAUGAUGAAGAUGGAGAUGAAUGAGGAUGAUGGUGAUAAUGGUGAAAAUGAAGGCGAAGUUGUGAUGUUGGUUACAGUUCCUAUUAUAUCCUACAUAAAUUAAAUCCUGUAUAGUGAUUGGUUCAAAUUGCAUCAUGUGACCAAAUAUAUUCCAGCUAUGAUGUUGCAUGACGUCAUUAUUUAAGAAAACUGGACAUUUAGCUCAUCUCUCGGGUGCGCCGGUCAGUGAGCUGUCUUUCCCAGGCAAGCCCCUUGAUGCAUCGGCGCAGGCACUAAUUUGUGUUCCGCUGAGCGUUGUGGCUUCGGGAAAAGUAGGUCAUUUAGCGCAAAUAACUGGACUCUGCAAGCUCUGUGCAUAGAUUUUGGUUCUAAUUUAUUUAAAGUGGGAUAUAUAAAACAAAUAUAUCAAGCAUUUCCUUUCAAAGUGUGUAAUGGGAAUUAUUUUCGGUUUGACUGGCAAAAUAACUAUUUUCACCUCUCGGGAGGAAUAGUAACUGCCAGACCAACCUAUGAUGAAUAAUUCCCUUUAUAUCCUACAUAAAUUAAAUCCUGUAUGCUGAUUGGUUUCAAUAGCAUCAUGUGACCAAACAUAUUCUCACUAUUUUGCGAUGAUGUCGAAAAUGAAACGCCCACCGAAGAAAAUGUGCUAUUCCGUGACGUCAAUGAUGGAAUAGUGGACUAUUCCAUCAUUGACGUCACAGAUCAUGAUGGCACAAGCACUAAUACGCGUUCCGCACACUGAGCGCGUAGCUAAGCAUUUCAGGAAAAGUAGGUCAGUCGGCGCAACUGGUUUGGUUCAGCUUGAAAAAAAAGGAUGAACUAAAAGUACAAGAACUAGCUUAUCAAUGCUCUAACUUAUUAAAGUAGGAUAUAAAACAAAUAUACCAGACCUUUAUUUCGAAAGUAUAGAGGGAAUUAUUCAUCCUCGGUUGUAUAGUAAUGCCAGUCCAACCUCGGAUGAAUAAUUCCCGCUAUACUUACUCAAAGCCUAAUAUUUUUAUACUAUACUUUCUCAAAGCCUAAUAUAUUUGUACAUAGUUUACCUUGUAAUCACCCCAUGACACUGAAAUCCUAAUUAUUUGCUCCUCCCAAUUUUUUGAAGGAAUUAUUUUGAGUGACAUAAUUUUAGAUGAAGAAGGAAAUGCAAACUAAACCAUUUUCAGAUGUUAUGUAUAUAUAUAUAUAUAUGCCCUGUCUUUGAUGAAAUUAUGAUUCUUCCUCUGGCUGCUUUUUUUCAUUAGAUUUGCCAUUUGAAAUAUUACAUCUUGAAUUUCCUAAUCGCUUUACAGUUGCUUUCACAAAGUUGGUGUCAAAAUAUGCAUGAGACUUUGAUAGUUUUGAAAAAAAAAAGAAAUAACAUAUCAAGAUAUGGCAUUUACAUGGCCCUUUUUUAUAUCAUAUAUUCAGUAGUGUGGAGAAAAAUAUGUGAGGUGCCACACAUGACAUGUGGGAGAAAAAAUUUGACCUUUUUAGUAAAAAAUCUUAUUUUUUGAUUGAUUGUGAUGCAAUAUUAAUCCCUUUUCCUUUCCUCCUAUGCCGGUGUAUAUAUUGUAGAUUUGUCUAAUGUACUGAAAUAUAGUCUAUAUUUUACUAUCUAUUUUUAGUGAUUGCUGCUGUGUUAAAUAGUGUAAAUAUUCAGUUUUCACAAAGUGAACAUAGUUUUUUUUUAAGUACAUGUACCUCAAGAGAUGUAUUUUUUUUACUUGUCAAAAUGAUAUUCAAUUCACACCCUUUCUCUUGCUUUCAGUGUAUAAUUUACAAUCUAAACAAUGUAGAAUUUGCCCCUUAUCAUCAAAGAAAAGAAAAUUGCACCAAAUAUAGGCCAGUGAGGGGGGGGGAAAGAGUUGAUAAAAUCAACUCGAGAGACUUUCCCUUUUGUAGAAAGUCAUUUUAAUUUUGCAUCAUAAGAACUAUGAGAUGUUUUGCAUUGGCCUUUUAUAAUUUGUUUAUUUCUAAAAGACAUGUGUAAACAUUCAGAAAAAAUGUAAGAAUGAAAACAUAAAUCCAAAUAUUGCCAAUUUGAAUGAACACUGAUCAAAUAUAGCUUUAAAUAUUUUUUUUUCUUUAAUCUUUAUUAAAUAGUAUAGAUCUUACCAAAUAUUUGUUUAUAAAUACCAUUUCCAUCAUAAAAUUCUACUUAUUUAUUUUUUAUAUUUAAAUGAUAAAGAUAGCCUUAUCAUGGUUUAAUUUAAUUUGCUGUAUUAGAUUGAGUGAUACGACUAAAGUUUAUGAAAUGAUGUAAUAUUUUAAUACAGGAAUAUGUUUCAAAAGUUUAUAUUUCAAAGUAAGAUGAAAAUACUGGAUGAUAAAAUCAGCUAGAAAAUGAAUAUGAUUCUGAUUGCUAGGUGUUCACAGUGUGUUUUCUUUUUGAUAUCAUCAUCAGCUGUUUUUUUUAUAUGUUUCUUGUAAUAAAUGCAAGUAGAAAUUAA